AUGGAAGAAGAAUUAGAUUUAUCAUAUGUGGACCGUGAAGAUAUAGAUGAUGACGUGGUUGGUGUAGACUUCAAUAUUAUCGCAAUGAUACGUCAACAAUUACAAAUAACCACUUCAUUGGGUGCUUUAACAAUGGUAUGCAUUGUUGGACACGUGUUGAGUAUCUUGAAUAAGUACUCUAGUGAUUCCAGUAGUGUAAUGAAUUACCUACCAGACAGAGACCAUCGUAGGGAGCAAUUGAUGUUAUAUCUUGUGCAUACUAAUCGGUGCCGCGACAUUAUUAGGAUGAGUCCAGAGGCAUUUAUUAAUCUUUGUGACAAGCUAAGAUCAACUGAGUUAGUUAAGGACACCAUUCGGUCGACAGUGGAGCAACAAGUUGCUCAAUUUCUUCAUAUAAUUGGUCAUAAUGUUAAAAAUCGAAGUGUCGCAUUUUUCUUUCAUCGAUCUGGCUCGACGGUUAGCAGACACUUUCACAAUGUCUUGGAUGCGAUCUUAACUUUGGAAUCUAAGUUUCUAAUUCAACCCUCAGGAAAUGAAGUUCAUCCACAUGUGUUUAACAACAAUCGAUUUUAUCCGUACUUUAAGGAUUGUUUAGGGGCCAUAGACGGUACUCAUGUUCGGGUCAACGUGCCAAGAUGUGAAGCUCCGAGAUUUCGUGGAAGAAAAGAUUGGCCAACUCAAAAUGUGUUUGCGGCUUGUGAUUUUGACAUGAAAUUGACAUACGUUCUUGCUGGGUGGGAAGGGACUGCAUCUGAUUCGAGAAUUUUUAAAAAUGCUCUUGAUAGAGAUGAUCUGUUGCUUAUCCCCCAAGGAAAAUACUACCUCGGUGGUGCAGAAUUUAUGUUGAAAAGCACAGUGUUGACUCCAUAUAGAGGCAACUUUUGGUUGUUGAAAAAAAGAUUCCCUAUCAUUGCAAGUGGCACUGAACCACACUAUGGAUUGGAGACAAUGACAGACAUCAUACUAGCUUGUUGUAUCUUGCACAACUUCCUUCGUGGCGUGGAUAGUGAUGACUCAUUACUUGAUGAAGUAGAUAACGAGUUGAAUGAAAGGGAAGACCAUAAUGUUUCAUCAUCUCAAGUCAGAGAAGACGACCAUACGAUUAGUAGUAGUAUCAGGGAUUCUAUAGCAGAUCAUAUGUGGCGAGAUUAUCAAAACUCGUAG